UUAAACACAUUAAAAGUACCAAAAGACAAUUUCGAAAACCUCUUCUCCUCAAAAACAUACUUAACUCUUAUCCAAUAAUAUCGUCGUCAUGGUGGCAGAAGCCAUGAGAAUCAAGGCAGAGGUGUACCACGGAGACAAGACAUGCAGAGAGAUAUUCGGCUCCCUUUUGUCCCAGAUCGGUUUACCAAACCGGCUCCUAAGUAACCAGGAGAUCGAAGAAUGCGGAUACGUGAAGGACACGGGUUUCGUGUGGCUAAAGCACAAGAAGAAGAACAAAGACGAUAAAAAGAGACAUCAAGACUCGUUUAGAUUCGGUAACGUCAUGGUGUGUUUCGAAGAUGAGGUCACUGCUUAUUUCCAGCCGAACACGAUCAAGAAACUCACUGGGGUUAAGGCCAAGGAGUUCGUGGUCUGGAUCUCGCUCGGUGAGAUUCACGUAAACCGUCCCUCUGGUUUGAUUACCUUCAAGACACAGGUCGGUUUAUUGUCUAAGUCGUUGCCUUUGUCGGUUUUUGAAGACGUUCAAGGUAAACAUGAUGUUAUGGAGAAGCCUAAACAGGAUCAACAAAAAUUCAACGAUCCCAAAAUCUAUUUGUACUAA